UAUAUGUUCAGAGAGCCUCAAACGGACGCCACUAGGAGCGUAGGCCUUCUCCCUACUCUCACCCCCUCAUUUUAUGCUGUUUCCCUUACCAAUUUCUCCAAAUAAACCGUCCGGCCUCUCUCUAUGACCCCUAUAUACACGCGUUAAAGAUAAAACAGCAAAGAUUUAUACGAGCAAACACCGAUUAUAUGUGUUUAUAGAUAUAUUUCUAUCCAGAAAAAAGUGGGUUCGAGGAUUUUAUGAUUUAGUUGAUAUUAUUGUCAAGAAAAAACUGAGAUCUUGCCCCUUCCUACAAAUACACUCCAAUUUGUAGCGGGCAAGGUAAUAAGAUAAAUUUAAUGUCUUUUAGUUUUUAACUUAAUUUAAUUCGACCAAGCUUAAAUUAUUGAUUUGUCUUUACUCUGAUUUCCUGAGCUUUGGACAUUGAUUUGAUUACAAAAGGAAAUUUUUUUUUCUGGAGUUUUGCUAAAAAGUUGCUAAACCGCUAUUUUAUUCCGCCGAAUUAGCUACUUCUAAUCGGGGCGGAUUUUCAUUCUCUCCCUUUUUCUGUAUGUUUUGAAUUUGGGGUUUUCGGUGCUGAGAAAUUGUUGUGCUGAUGGUGGAUUUUAUCUAGGAUUUCAAUUGACAUUCCGAAAUGUAAGGACUUUUCCAGAGAGAACACUACUCUCAAGAUUGCAAAAUUAAAGGGAUUUGCCUUUUAUCUUCUGAUGAACCAAGCUUCAAAUCCGCUUUGACUUCCAGCAUUGCAAUUGCAUGAAUAGUUGUUUUCUAAAGGGAAUGGAAGAGGACUGUUUAUAUAAAUUUUAAGGCAGUGAUCGAGGUAGGAAAGAGAAAAAGAAAGAGAGGGAAUAUGGUAAUUUUGUGUUGAAGAAGUGCGAUUUAGGGUUUCCACCAUUUUGUUGCAGUUUGAUUGAAUUUGGGGAUGAUUUUGGGGUUAAAUUUUGGUGAUAAAGUGGACAAGUUGAAGAUAGUAUUGAGUGUCAUUGGCUUGUUAGACUGAUCCGAUCAAUUAUUAGUGAUUCCUUUUCCUUUGUCAAGAAACCUUUAGGAUAAACAUAGUUUCUGGGGACGGUUUAGCUGCAAUUUAAGUUUCUCGUAUCUGGUGAUUGGUUAAACUAGUGUUAAUUUUAUUGCUACUUAUUUUGUCUUUCAAAUUGCUGUUGAGUUUGAUCAGUUCUUUGACACUGCAAUUGCAUAUUGGAGCUAAGAUUGAGGUGUAUAUAAGACAGUGGUAUUGUGGCAUGCAUGUGGUGUGAAAUAUGAAUUAAAAGAAGUGGGUUUUUGGGGCUUGCCAGUAGAGAGAAGAUAAUAGUAUUGAAGCUUGAACUCAAUGUGGGGUCAUGGUGCAUAGAAAGGAGCAUAAUUGUUGUUCCAUUCCCAUAGUGGAACAAUACUAUUGUGAGAAAAUAAUUCAUUCAUAUUGUUUUCACAAUAGUAAUUAUUUUGCUUGUUGUAGGAUUGUGUGCAAUGUCUCGCUGCUUUCCAUUUCCACCACCAGGAUAUGAAAGAAAGCAUCAAUCAGAAGAUUUGGACGUACUGAGAGAGGAGAAGCGCAAGGAGAAAAAGCAUAAAAAGGAAAAGAGGGACAAGGAAAAGGAAAAGGGAGAAGGUAAAGAGAAAAGGGAGAAGGAUAGAAGUGAAGGGAAACACAGAGAAAAAAGAAGCCGAAAAGAAAAACACAAAAACAGGAAGGAUAAACAUGGGAACAAGAAGACGGAUGAAGAGGACCAAGGCAAAGAUAAAGAGAAAAGCAGCAUCUCUGAGGAGUCGACAGUUGCUGGCAAAAUUGAGGGAAAAAUUGAAGAGAGGCUUCAACCAACAGUGCAUAACGAAGCUACAGGAACUUCCUUGGAUGAAGUGAAACAUGCUACACAGUUUCAGGUUCAGAAUGGAGGGAAACCUAUUCAAAACAACCUCGUUUCCAUGGAGCUCAAGGAAUCAAAGUUUGCAUUGGAGCCAAACAGUAGGAUCAGAAAUCAUGAGAAGGAAUUAGUGAACCAGUUACUUGAGAGGGUCUCAGGAGUGUGCAGAAGGGGGGAUCAAGAUGCAGAAAGAGCUACUGUGAGAGAUUCUUCAGGAUUAUUAGCAGAUGACAAGGGACAGAACAAAGAAAAUGGAGUUCACAGAAAAACUAGUGUGCCAAUAUGGAACCUUGCUGGAAUGGCCGAAUAUAAAGUUGGAGGGAUGCCCAGACUGGUGGAGGAACAGGGUGACCAGAGAUUUGAAGGGAAAGAGAAAUCUGAAGAAAAAGGCGAUGAUCCCAGACUGGUGGAGGAACACGGUCACCAGAGAUUGGAAGGGAAAGAGAAAUCUAAAGAAAAAGGUGAUAUUAAAAGGGGAGAUAGUCAUAAGGAUAAAGAAAGAGAGAAACAUAGCCAUAGAGAGGACAAAAACAAGGAGAAGGAGAAAGAAAAGAAAAAGGUGAAGGUGAAGGAAAAAAGCGAAGAUAAGAAAACUGAGCAGGAUGUAUCGAAAUAUCAACACAGGAAUGAUCUAAUUGGUGUUGCUAGUUGUAAGAGCACGCAAAUGUUGAAAGACUUCAACAGCAAUGCUGUUAAUGAGGGAAAUAUGAGGAAAAGAAAAGAUUUGGGUAGCAAUGGCUUUCUCCAUGAGAGUGAAGUCAGGCCUAAUAAAUUGCUGAAGGAAGCUUCUCAUCAAUUGACAGAGAAUGGAAGAUUGGACACUGCCCGAACUCCCAACCUGUUUACUUCUGAUAAGCAGCAAGGAAUUCCUGACAACAUUCGACUGGGUAAAAAGUACCAGGGGGUAAAUGGUAGAAUUGAAGCCCAGAAAUUCUCAGUUUCCAAACCAAAGACUUCUACUGCAACUAUUAUUGCUAAUCAAAUUGCUGAAGCAUCUAAAAAACCUAUCGACUCUGAAAAGUGUAAGAGCAAGGCACUCACAGUUCCCAAGGUGGAGGGUCAAAUUACUGAAGCAUCAAGGAAACCUCCCCAUCCAGAUUCCAAGUAUCUGAGUGUGGUACUCACACUACCCAAGAUGGAGGAGUGGUCUGAAUUUGACGACCAUGACUGGUUGUUUAGCGGGAAAGAUCUUCCAUCAGUGAAGCCUGAGGCGGGUUCUGAUCAGAUGAAUCAGGAGCAAUGUGUGUGGUCUGAAGCUAUGCAUGUGGAGUCAACCGAUGUUUAUGUGAUGCCAUAUGUCAUUCCUUACUAAUUUGUGUUCAUCCAGCAAUACCUGACAGCAAUUCCUCUGUCGAGAGCAAAGCCUGUUGAUUGUGUAGCAGCAUCUGGCACUUGAGAUGGACACUGGUGUAAUUGCUGGAUCCUUUGCUUAUCACACACCCCUCGGGUGCUGUAGUUGCUUGCUCAUGCAUUCUGGAAUUGUUUCUGUCAACUGAGGUCAAUUGCAUACCAGUUAGUGGCAGUAAUGCUGUGCAUCUCCUGAUCCCUACACUACUGACCGUGUGAGUUUUCAGCUCAAGUUGAAGAUCUAAAUGAUUCUAACAGAAACUAUAACAAUGUCCGAGAUGAAAAUUGAAGAGUGCUGAGAUGGUAGAUGCAUAAGCUUCUGCAAUUUGUUUCAUUGCUUUAAGCUGAUAUGCUCUUCGUUUCUAAUUGAGUGUAACAGUAGAUGUAGUUUCACUUCAUCACCACAAUUUUGUUUUGUAAUAUAUAACAUCGUUUACUUGUAAUGUAAGAUAGGAGGGAAAGAAAGGGAUAAUUCCAUUCACCUAUUUAACUUCGGAUGUUAUAGUUUAUAAUCACCUUUCAGGUUUA